GUGGAUUAUGUGUUCACAGACAAAACCGGCACCCUGACAGAAAACGAGAUGCAGUUUCGGGAGUGCUCCAUUAAUGGCAUGAAGUACCAAGAAGUCAAUGGCAGACUUGUACCUGAAGGACCCACUCCAGACUCUCCAGAUGGGAGUUUAUCUUACCUCAACAGCUUACCCCAUCUCAACAGCGUGUCCCAUCUCACAAGCAGUUCAUCUUUCGGAACCAGCCCUGACAGUGAAACGGAACUAAUUAAAGAGCAUGACCUCUUCUUUAAGGCAGUCAGUCUCUGUCACACGGUCCAGAUCAGCAGUGCUCAGCCCGACGGUGUUGGUGACGGGCCCUGGCAGUCCAGCCUGGCCCCCCCACAGCUGGAGUACUACGCGUCCUCGCCCGACGAGAAGGCUCUGGUCGAAGCUGCCGCCAG